GUCAAAAUGUCUGCACAUAAGGCAAGCGCCAUACUCACAAUUUCUCGAAAUUAAUUUAUUGGCAUAAAACAAAAAAAAAAAAAAAAAAAUUAUAUAAAAUAAAGAAAUGAAUUUUAAUGCAAUGAAAACUUGCUUGUGUUAAUUAAAAUUGGCCAAAUUAUAUUAGCGUGCUUGCUUUUUCGUACAAGAGUUUACGAAAUGUUAUAAAUGUUUAAUUAUGGUGCAAGGCCCGCAGAAACUUAACCUCAAUUAAUAGUAUUAAGAAAAUCAACGACACAUUGUAGUAAAAUUUCUAUUAUAAUAUUAUUCAUAAUGUGUAAAUAUAAUUUAUAUUGUUAUAAGGCUAGCGUGCAAGCUGUUGGAAAAAAUAUUGGAUGAAUCGCUAGAAUUACAGACCUAAUUAUUUUAGUUUGCUUGCACUUAAAGCACCAGCACUAAUCAUAUAUGGGUGCUAAAGUUCUAAAUAGUGCACUGUUAACUUUUCCGUGUAGCUUAAAUAUAUUUCUCGGAAUAAUAUAAAAUCUGAAAAUUAGAACUAUCAUAAACGUAUUGUUCGAGAGAGAGUUAUUUUAGAUGGCAAACUUUUCAUUAGCAUUUUAUUAGCCAAUAUGAAAACUUUAAACGAAUAGAAAAAAUUAGACAUUUAAACAUUUAACGUUUUAUAGGUUAGGAAUAAUGUAUUUUAAUAGAAUGAUGACAGUGAAAAAAUUUAAAUUCCUAUAAUUCAUUUUGGUGACAGAAAUACUAAAUAAACGAAUAGUUUGCGCUUAUGUGCUCUAGCGAUUUGUUUUUUUUUUUGUUUUUGCUUUAUAUUUUACUCGAAAGUAAGCGUUAUCAGGCUACAAAAGGCACGAGUGUUUUUAUCAACGUAUUGUUUUUAAUAAGUUUAAUCCGUAGUGCGAAAAUCGUAGGUAGCUUGGGCCGCUAUUGCGACACGUCGACAGAUUUUAAUGUGGCUGAAAGUGGAAUUGUAGCAUAUCAAGUAACAUUGUAGUAAAGCAGUUGGAAGCAUUUAUUUUAUUUACAUUAUAACUUUUGUUUGUAAAAUGCGUGUAAGUAAUAUUCGUGGAGGUCGUUUAUGCCGCAUAGCGUUGUGCUGUUGCAUUAUAUUGCCGCUAAUAUUUCUGCUGGUCACAUGGGGCGACACAAAGCGUGGAAUAAGUAGUUACCACGGAAAAUUCGCAAGAUUUAACCAUCAGCGAUUGGAGGGAAGGCCGCGUGAGGUGCCAAAAUUAGUCGAAGGUCUUGGAAAUUUUGAACCAAAAAAUGUGGAAGAACGUGUGGGACCCGGCGAGAAUGGUGAUGCUCAUCAACUGUCUGCCGACAAAAAAAAUCUAGCAGAUGAAUCUGAAAUGGAAUAUGGCAUGAAUAUUGCAUGUUCAGAUGAGAUAUCAAUGCAUCGCUCGGUGCGGGAUUCACGUUUGGAUGAGUGCAAACAUUGGGACUAUCCCUAUGAUUUACCUAAAACUAGUGUUAUCAUUGUUUUUCAUAAUGAAGGCUUCUCAGUGCUUAUGCGCACAGUGCAUUCGGUGAUCGAUCGCUCGCCUAAGCAUGUAUUACAUGAAAUAGUGCUAGUAGAUGAUUUUUCUGAUAAGCGGGACUUACGCGAGAAAUUGGAUAACUAUUUGCUACAAUUCAAUGGUUUAGUAAAACUUAUACGCAAUGACGAGCGAGAGGGUCUAAUUCGUACGCGUUCAAGAGGUGCACAAGAAGCGAGUGGCGAAGUGAUUGUCUUCCUCGAUGCACAUUGCGAAGUGAACACGAACUGGUUGCCACCGCUGUUAGCGCCCAUCUAUCGCGAUCGUACGGUGAUGACUGUGCCAAUUAUUGAUGGCAUUGAUCAUAAAACCUUCGAGUAUCGUCCGGUCUAUGGUAGCGACGCGCAUUUCCGUGGCAUUUUUGAAUGGGGUAUGUUAUACAAGGAGAACGAGGUGCCCAAACGCGAACAACGACGACGCGCACACAAUUCCGAACCCUACCGCAGUCCUACACAUGCCGGCGGCUUAUUUGCCAUUAAUCGUGAAUAUUUCCUGGAAUUAGGUGCAUACGAUCCGGGUCUAUUGGUUUGGGGUGGUGAAAAUUUCGAAUUGAGCUUCAAGAUCUGGCAAUGUGGUGGCAGCAUUGAAUGGGUGCCAUGCUCGCGCGUUGGACACGUUUAUCGCGGUUUCAUGCCCUACAACUUUGGCAAAUUGGCACAAGCCAAGAAAGGACCACUGAUAACAAUCAAUUACAAGCGUGUCAUCGAGACGUGGUUUGACGAUACACACAAAGAGUACUUCUAUACACGGGAACCGCUGGCGCGUUAUCUCGAUAUGGGCGAUAUUAGCGAACAAUUGGCGCUCAAGAAGCGUCUAAAUUGCAAAUCCUUCCAGUGGUUUAUGGACAAUAUAGCAUACGAUGUGUACGACAAAUUUCCCGCACUGCCAGCCAAUUUGCAUUGGGGCGAAUUACGCUCCGUCGCCACAGAUGGUUGCCUUGAUUCGAUGGGUCAUCAGCCACCCGCCAUUAUGGGACUCUCACACUGCCACGGCGGUGGUAAUAAUCAAUUGAUACGUCUAAAUGCCGCCGGGCAACUGGGUGUGGGUGAGCGUUGCGUGGAGGCAGAUCGUCAGGGCAUUAAAUUAGCUGUAUGCCGUUUGGGCACAGUGGACGGUCCGUGGAAUUAUGAUGAGAACACAAAGCAUUUGCUGCAUCGCACACACAAGAAAUGUAUGGCCGUGCAUCCGACAUCGCAGCAGCUAUUCUUGGCACAUUGCGACGUCAACGAUGGCUAUCAGCAAUGGUGGUUCAAAGCGAUCAAGCCCAGGUGGUAAGCGGCAUGCCUCAACAGCAAUGCGGCGCGGGGUUUCAUUAGCAAGGAGGAGAUUAUGAAAUGUAUUUGUUGAAUUUGAACAGAUUUUAAAGCGAGUUGAGACGCAAAUUACAGUGAGGAUUAUCUACAAUAUGAUAUACAUAUGCAUGUAUGUAUAUGUUUAUGCAUGCAUGCUCGUAAUUUUAGUUGUGUAAGCGCAUUUAUAAUGCAAAAUUAUAAAACCGAAGCUUGCGAAGGGCACUGGUAGUAUGAUAUUAUUUUGUAUGGCGCAAAGUGCUGUCAAAAGAAAACAAAAAUCAAGCAAUAACUGUAACCAAUGUUAUGACACGUUAGUAAAAAAGAAAACAAUCAUAUUUACGUGUAUGUAUAUGUGAAAGUAACCGUUCCAAGCGUAUUUACGCUCAAGUUUAUUAAGUUUUAACUAAGUACUGGAUUGACAGAAUGGACGUGGAUGGAUUUGAAAAUGGCCUUGAAAAUUUGAAAUCGCGCUGACUUUUCAGCGCUAAAGAUCUAUGCUAACAUUUUUUAUAUGUAGGUAUAUUCUUUUUUUAUAGAUACAUAUUAAAAUGCUUCAACAUUGCCAACUAUACAUAGAGAAUUUUAAGAAAUUUUAUCUUCCAAUUGUUAUAAUUUAUUACUAUAAGCAUAUGGGACGUUAGUUUCUGGAACAGUACUAUAAUUUAAGUGAAUCGUGUAAUUGAAUCUGUAACUUUAUAAUGUGUAUCAUAUUUGUGUAUAUUUCGUGUGAUACAUAACGCUAUUUUCUCGAAACGAAAAUAUGUAUUUCAUUGAAAUUAUUAUGUAUGUACGUGUGUACUUCUUUUACACACUUUUAACAAUUUUAUUUAUUUCGUAUUUAUAAAGGAAUUGCAAAAGUAGAAUAUAAGUCUGAAAAACCAUGCAAUAAAUGAUUUUAACGUA